GUUAAACUGUCGAGCCUGUUGUUGAGCGCACCAUCCAACCGGGCUGUGUCGCUAAGGGAAGAUAGGCUACUUGUGGAGAAGCAACAGAUCCCCAGCUGGAAAACAACCCCACAUCUGGCACGGGAGCUGAGCGUUUUUCAACCGGAGGAACCGGAGCAAUAUCUCCGCGCGUCAUUAAAUGCGCAUCUGGAUCCUUCUCAGGCUUCCUCGUCUGGUGUGGAGAGAAGAGAAAAGUUGUCGGGAACAGUUUGGGGUUUUUUUUUGCGUUGCAGAAUUUAGAUAAGAUCUGUGGGAAAAGGUGGUGAGGAGUGACACAUUACUUCAGGCGAAGUGGUUCAUCCUAUAGGUCCGUACUACUACUGCGUAAUUAGCCAAUAUACAUGCAUCUUUUAUUGGCAACAGCCUUGGGUUAAUGAGCGGGAAGUGAGUGCAACAUCUGUAAGCAUCAAUGUGUGUCAGUUUGUCCAACCUAUUCGACGAAAACAUUAACACAUCACUCACGGUGAGCCUGACCGACGGAACCAGACUGAGUUCUGUAACAGGUGGUUUUUAUUGAGCGUCUCACUUUGGCGCUGUCUGGACUAUUAGGCUCUCAUUUGUCUAUUUAUUUAUUUUUAGGGGUGGGGGGGGAUAAAUGAGACCCACAGAUAAUUAUAAGGACUGGGGUCUGAAAUGAGGGCGCACUUUGCGUUAAUUUUCUGAUUGUUUUUUGGACACCAGUUUCGAGCAGCCAGAAGGUCCCUGCUUCUCAAUGAUAAGCUCGGUGUGUGUUUCGUCGUACCGAGGGCGGAAGUCGGGCAACAAACCUCCGUCUAAAUCAUGUCUGAAGGAGGAGAUGGCCAGAGGGGAAGACUCCGACAAAAUUAUCAUCAACGUGGGCGGCACUCGACAUGAAACCUACAAGAGCACCCUGAGGACCCUGCCGGGGACCCGCCUGGCAUGGCUGGCAGACCCGGACACGCAGGUCAGCUCUGACUCGGACGCUGCGCCCCCGAGUGCCACCGAGUUCUUCUUCGACAGACACCCGGGCAUCUUUGCCUACGUGCUGAACUAUUACCGAACCGGCAAGCUGCACUGCCCGGCCGACGUCUGCGGGCCGCUCUUCGAGGAGGAGCUGGCGUUUUGGGGGAUUGACGAGACCGACGUGGAGCCAUGCUGCUGGAUGACCUACCGGCAGCACCGGGACGCGGAGGAGGCCCUGGAUAUAUUUGAACCGCCGGACCCGGACGACACCGAUGAUGACAGAGAGAUACCGAGGCGGUUCGGCAUCGAGGACUGCCCGGACAGGUCGAGGGGAUGCUGCGAAGUUUGGCAGCCGAAGGUCUGGGCCUUGUUUGACGACCCCUACUCUUCCAGAGCCGCCAGGGGAGUGGCGUUAGCCUCUCUGUUUUUCAUCCUGGUGUCCAUCACCACCUUCUGCCUGGAGACCCAUGAAGCCUUCAAUGAACUGCAGAAUCGGACGGAACAGGUUGUCGACGGCAACAUCACACGCACAGUGGAGAGGAGGGAGAUGGUGACAAAGCCCAUCCUCAUCAUGGUGGAGGGCAUCUGUGUGGUCUGGUUCACAUUUGAAUUCCUGGUGCGUAUCGUCUGCUGCCCAAACAAGCUGCUCUUCAUUAAGAACACGCUAAACAUCAUUGACUUUGUGGCCAUUCUGCCGUUCUACUUGGAGAUGGGCCUGAGUGGUCUGUCAUCCAAAGCUGCCAGCGAUGUGCUGGGCUUUCUCCGAGUGGUGCGGUUUGUCCGGAUCCUCCGGAUCUUCAAGCUGACGCGGCACUUUGUUGGCCUGCGCGUGCUGGGUCACACGCUGAGGGCCAGUGUCAAUGAAUUCCUCCUUCUCAUCAUCUUCUUGGCACUGGGUGUACUCAUCUUCGCCACCAUGAUAUACUACGCUGAGCGCAUUGGAGCCAAGCCCAACGACCCCACAGGCUCCAACCACACGCACUUCAAGAACAUCCCCAUCAGCUUCUGGUGGGCGGUGGUCACCAUGACAACGCUGGGCUACGGAGACAUGUACCCACAGACGUGGCUGGGUAUGAUGGUGGGGGCGCUGUGUGCACUGGCCGGGGUGUUGACCAUCGCCAUGCCGGUCCCCGUCAUUGUGAAUAAUUUUGGGAUGUACUACUCGCUGGCUAUGGCCAAACAGAAGCUGCCGAAAAAGAAGAAGAAGCACAACCCGAACCCAGACGCUCCGACUGACUCAGCCUCGUUUGCGAAGUCAGAAACAAACUCGCACAGAGACAGCACUCAGAGUGACACAUGUCCGCUGGCUGCUGAGGAGAGUGUCAGCAGGAACCGCUCAGACUCCAAACAGAACGGAGAUGCAAAUGUGGCCCUUUCAGAGGAGGAAGGCUGCAGCCUGACCCAGCCACUGUCCCCCAGUGAAAAGUGGUCCCUGCGGUGCUCCAGAGGGCGAGAUAAAACUAAAAAAGAGGCCACCUGCUUCCUUCUAACCUCUGGAGACCCCAGCAUCCAUACUGAGAGCUGUAAAGACAUCCUCGCUGCCACUGGAAACUACGCUCAGCCGGAGGUCACCACCCUGACCUGAUGCUGAUUGGCUAUGAAAAGGAGAAAGAGCAUGAAGUCGCGGUGGAGUACAUGCUGUGCAGAGCUCUGGCUCUGGUUCCUGCUUUAUUUUCCUUUCUGAAUGAACUGUAGACCGGAUUCUUUUUAUUCAAGACAAGACUUUUUUUUUUGGUCUCAUACAUCUAAAACCCUUGUGGUGCAGUUCAGUUGCAUAGCAGAUUUACCAUAUGUACUCUCAUGUUACAAAACAAUCUGCAUGUAUUGCAUGAUCUAGCAUUGUAGGAUGUACUUAAAAGCUGGCUACCAUUUAUAUGCUUAUCAUUUAGUGAACGUGUCAUAGCUUGUCCUGAAGGCCCGUAUUUUCUCAGUUAGCUUCUUGUUUUGACCGAUGGGGUCCACCAUGAACACAUAAUCUACUGCCCAUGUUGGAGCAGUUCUAAUUAUUUCACAUGUUUUUCUUUUCUCUUUGCUCUUCUCUCUGGUUUUUCCAUUGGAAAAAGGUGAUGUCAUGUGUUUCUGUGCUCCGAUCAGGAUUUAGUUGGUUAGGUUGUUACUGUCACUCAGAUCCGAUCAAACCACACCCACGCAGUCCUGAUUAGAUUGAGUUCUCAAUAAGUCCCAAUAAAUAAUAAUUACCUUAUUAGUUAUUGGUCAGCUUUGACUGUUGCUUUUUUACUUAUGAAUAUUUAAUGCUAUAGAGAUUAUAGAAGAUUUAAGAUUAGUUUUCAGGUUUAAUCUGAAGUGAGUGUUUUAACCAUCUUUGCCAAUGAGAUGUUGCAUUUGAUUCUGAUUUUCUUUUGGAGUAAUAUGUACAGAAACAGUUUGAGUUUCAUAACUGUUGUUAACUGUCGAGUAAGAACACCCAAACACUUGUGAAUAUGGGUUUGUACAGCUAAGCUGUUGAACUGUGAACUAGGAUUAGAUGAAAACUUGAAAUCAUUGUUCGAUCCUCAUCAAAAACAGACCCAGAGUUCUUUGUGGAUCAUCCGGUCUCUGCCUUCUGUCGUGCCACUGCUUUUUAACACUGACCACAGGGACAACAUGCAGAUAUUUUGUUGAGACACAAGCGUGGUAUGAAUGCUGCUCAGGCAACACAUUGUUUGUAAAUCCUUGUACAAUAAGAGAGUUUAACAAAAGAAAAAUAAAUCAAUGGAGCAGUAUUCUAUAUUACAUUAGCCGUAUACAGUUGAUGCAGCACUACUGGUUGAGUCCGGACCAAAUGUAGAAUCCUAUGUUACAUGGUAGAUUUUCAGUACCAUAGUAUGUAAAAAUACAUACAGUACAUUGCCAUCAGUUCCACUUGUGCCUCAUGUUGAGUAAUGGAGCUUAAACGUGUGCAGUAAUGUCUUUAUAUUUGUUCUUUAACACUUCUGGUUGUGUCAGAUCUGUAGAAACCCUGUUACAUGUUUCCACGGAGAGAGGAAGGAGGAGAGUGGUUUCUUUCACUUGUGACUUAUAAUAUAUUCCUCAUGGUCUACCAUAGUGGCCUUAUGUUUAAUAAACAAAGGGAAAGUUCAUUUCAUCUUCAUUAGACUCCAGCUAUGCUGACCCAGAGGUCUGUAAUUAUGUAUAAGCACAGUUUUACGUAUGUAGCACAGUAAAAUAUAUUAUUAUAUUCUGGAUCAUUCCUAAACUAUUUUCUCCUCUGUAUAUGACAUCAUGUUAACCAAUAAUGAAAGAUUAUUAUUUUGAUAAUUCACCUUUUUAGCCUCAUUUCCUGUUUUCCCUGUUGUAUAUACUCGAAUGUGAUGGAGAAGCACACAGCACAUCAGUUUCAUAUCUCCCCACUAUGGAUUGUAUAGGUGACGGUGAUUGAUUUAAACCCAGUCUAACUGUCAGAUGUUAUGUGUGCAUGUGUGUGCGUGUGUGCGGGGAGGGGGGUGUGUGUGCGUGUGUGUGCAAUGUUGUAUCAUGUAGGCAUGUGUUUCUAUGCAGAAAUAGAAAUAAAAUCCAUCCAUUCCCCCCCCAUUGUUGAAGAAAAUCUUGUUGUUUAUGUGCACGUAUUUUCAUUCACAGCUGCCUUAUCAAACCUACAUUUUUUCCAUUAACUGCGCAGUUUGCGGCUGUAUAGUGCUGCUGCUGUGUCACCUACUGUACAGCUAUUUAUAGUGGUGACACAAGUGGAGUCUGGUGGUUGAGCUUGUGCUUGCUCAAAGUGGUGUAACGGCAGUCACAGCCGUGCCUCCUGCUCUCCUGUGCCUCCAUGAUUAUGUACUGAAGGUGUAGAAGGCAUACAGAACACAUCUCCAUGGAGAUUUGGGAUGACAGGCAACACUAAUUAUUGCUCGGCAGCCUCCAUCUCCCCCUCCCUCAGUCUUUCACACGCAAAGAAACACCACUCUCUCUCUCUCUAUCCUCACAGACACACACACCUCAUCUCAGCAUGAUCGUCGUUACUGUUGUUGCCCAUGAGGAACGUUUUGAUGUUUAGGGAUGUAUUGUGGAGAGCACUGUGGUGAUGAAGGGGGAGGAGGGGAGGGGUCACGAUGUCAUGGAUGCGUCUAAACCAUCAAGGCUGCAUGAAUAUGAAAGCAGACACCAUGUGUUCAUACAAAAGCAGACAGUCUUUUACCAAAGCUAAAAGUGGACUGAUUGGUCAGAUAGGAGCAGGACGACAACAUGACAACAAGAUGCUUUUAUUCUGUCUCUCAAAGACAGCGUUUGGCUGCACUGAUAUCAGGAAGGUUGUAAACAUGUACAGAGAAAUAUUCAGUUCAUCUCCACAAAUAUUGGGAGUGCAUGCAUCACAUCUAUUCGUGUGACCUGGAUCUGAUUGAAAUCAUGGUUAUAAUGUGAUACAAUGAACAUUUGUGUGACAAAUGGAUUUUGGUUUAAAGCUUUUUCUUAAGCAUUAAAUUAAAGGGACAGUUCACAAAAUGUUCUUGCUUGCCUCGGAAGGUGGGUGGUCAUGUAGACAGUUUUAGAUGCAUUUCUCAAGGUUUUGAAAUAUACACAUUUCAGAUUAUUUCAUAAUUAAGGUGGAUGGAGUUUACAUAGUAUUAAAAAAUUAUCAUGUGAAAAAACAAUAUAUACUGAUCCCCAUUUCUAAAACACAAAACAGAUGUAAUAGAAACUAUUCCUUCAGUAAAAAGUAGUUUUUAGUGGAAAUUGUUCAUUCUUUUUAAAUGUUGUUCGUUACAGUGUUUAUUUAUGUUCUGUUGCUUUAUGCUGCUCUGUAUGUACUGUAUACUGACGUUGCUUUUGUCAUUUUUGGAAUUUUAUUAUGUUAUUUUUGUAUUUCCUGUCACUUCAUUGGUUUUUAGAACAAAUUGUCAAAGGGCUGCAGUGAAUAACACUGGCACAUUUACAGAAAUGUUGAUUAUUGUGCAAAUAUAUAAAUAAAAA